AUGUUCAUUGAUGCAAUGUUCAUUGAUGCAGUAAGUGCAACAGACGACGUUUUCGGCUUAGCGCAGGACAAACGAGGUCGAGGCCCACUUCACUAUGCUGCAUCCAAAGCCAGCGUUGAAAGUGUCAGACUAAUCCUAGACUCUCCAACGCUCGGGUUGCCAGUAGAUGCAAAAGAUUCAUGUGGAUUGACACCACUAAUGUGUGCUGUAGGUGUUCCUUUUGCCCAAGGAGUUGAUGUAUGCAGGUUGCUUGCACGUCGUAAAGAAAUGUCGAUUACCGCAAGAAACCGCGAUGGACUAUCAGCAAUCCAUCUUGCAGCCAUCGCUAAUAAUCUUCCUGUACUAAAACUAUUUGCGGAAGAGAUGGGUAAAAACGUUGAGGUAUUUGAUAACGAAAAUCGUACCCCACUUCAUUACGCUGCCGAGCAAGGCCAUUACGAGAUUGUAUUUGAUAACGAAAAUCGUACCCCACUUCAUUACGCUGCCGAGCAAGGUCAUUACGAGAUUGUGCAAUUGCUACUAGCUUGUGGAGCCAGAAGCACGACUAGUGAUAAGUACGAUGCCAGUCCAGCUCACUAUGCCGCACAGUUCAGUGUCAGUUGUCUUGAUUUGAUAUUAGCAAAGAACAACUACGUGGAUAACCAUGGUUUUACUGCUUUGCAUUUGGCCGCCAUGGUUGGCAACGAGAACAUCUGCAAGGUGCUAGUAAGACAGGGAUGGAACCUCUCUGAACGCGACAAACUCGACAACACUCCGCUGCAUCUCGCGGCCGGACGCGGUCAUACAGACGUCGUACGAUUCUUGGUUACUGCUGGUGCUAAUAUGAACGAAAAGGAUGCUAUGGACAGAACACCAGUCUAUUGGGCAUGCUUUGGUGGUCAGGCACAUACACUCUACUGCAUGAUUAAAGAGCUAGGUUUCGAGUGGAGAACCGUCGAUAAGUAA